AUGGACCCGUUCCGGCAUGAUUCCUUCCUGGCUCUUGGCUUUUCCCGCCAAUAUGAUCCAAAGACUUCGGCUGUGCUUGCCGAAUUACGGGAGAGCUUUGCUGAAUUGGACGAGGAGGACGGGGACUGGCAUUGGAAAUGGCAAUCAACUAGACAGAGACGUGAGGAUAAAUGGAAGUUCGUUGUGUCUCUUUACCCUUGGAUGGAUGGUGCAUUGGCUGUUUCCAUUACCUCAGAAGAGGAUGACAACCGACCAGACUACCGUUACACGGAGUGCGCUCGGGUAACUGAGGAUGAAGAAGUCGCCUCACAAGAGGACAAUCAUCGGUCAGUCUGCGGUUCUUUGGGGUGCGCUCCAAUAUCAAUGGUCGACACCCAUUCAUCAGAUGACGACGGCGCUCAUUCGCAUUGCGGGGUGUUUUUGGGGUGCGCUCCACUAACCACCUGUGGUGUGAAUGUGCGCUGCUGA